AUGGCACAGGCUACAGCAUUGCAUCUUUUUUUUAUCUUGGCUCUGUUGAGCCCAGUGGUUGAACCUACACCAGGUAAAACAACAGAAGCUGCUUGCACACUUCAGGGGAACUUUGAGCUGCCCGGAUUGCUUGAGGAUGGAGACGUCAUUAUUGGAGGACUGUUCCCCAUGCAUUACCGAGUAGUGGUUCCUGAACUCAACUAUACCUACAAACCUGCAGCUUCAGCAUGCCAAGGAUUUGACUCUAGAUCAUUUCGUUGGGCACAGACGAUGAGAUUUGCUAUUAAAGAAAUCAACGAGAAUCCAAGUCUUCUUCCAAAUAUUACCUUGGGCUAUAAGAUUUACGAUUCCUGUACUACACAUGUGGCUGCAUUACGAGCCACUCUCUCAGUUCUUAAUGGACGCAAAGAAGUCUCAAGUAUGAUGUGCUCUGGAGCCUCACCUGUGAAGGCCAUCAUUGGGGACUCUGGAUCAUCACAGUCAAUUAUUGUGUCAAGAACACUGCAACCUUUUAAAAUCCCCAUGAUAAGUUACAUUGCAACAUGUUCCUGCCUAAGCAACAGAAAUGAGUAUCCAAAUUUUUUUCGAACGGUUCCAAAUGAUAAUUACCAGGUGAAAGCCAUCGUUCAGCUAGUAAAGCACUUUGGCUGGACCUGGGUUGGCGCAGUCUCAGAAGAGGGAGACUAUGGGAGAUAUGCAUUUCAAGCAUUAAUUGAGGAAUUUAAAAAAAAUGGAAUCUGUUUGGCCUACUAUGAAGUUAUUCCUAAAGUGUACAGCAGAAAAAGGAUUCUUGAAAUUUUAGACAUAAUGAAGAAGUCCUCUGCAAAGGUGGUCAUAUCAUUUGCCGGAGGAGGUGAUCUCUACCCCUUUGUGACAGAGUAUGUACGGCAAAAUAUCACAGGAGGUACAAUUGGAUUUGCAAUUCGCAAGGGGGAGAUUCCUGGUUUAAAAGACUUCCUGCUUAAAGUUCAUCCAUCGCUGUACCCUGACAAUGCUCUAGUCAAGGAGCUCUGGAGCACUAUGUUUGGAUGCACAUUUCAACCUUCAAACACCACUGGCCAGUCUGUGAGGGUGCUGCCUUUGUGUACUGGCCAUGAAUCUUUAAAAGAGAAGUACAAUGAAUACACAGAUGUAGCUAGUCCCAGAAUCUCUUACAAUGUUUAUAAAGCAGUAUAUGCUGUUGCUCAUUCACUGCACAAUUUGAUAAACUGUGAGCUUGAAAAAGGACCAUUUGAUAAUUUCACAUGUGCAGAUAUUUCAAACAUCAAGCCUUUUCAGCUUCAACAGUACAUUCAGAAGGUGUCAUUCACUAAUAGCUUGGGGGAAAAAAUAAGCUUUGAUGUAAAUGGAGACCCCAUUGCAUCUUAUGACAUUAUGAACUGGCAGAGGCGUGCAGAUGGAAACAUAUGGUUUGCUACUGUGGGACUUUAUGAUGCCUCUGAAGGUGUUGGAAAUGAACUGGUGAUACAUGAAGAGGCUAUAAUAUGGAAUAGCAACCAGACUAAGGUACCGAGUUCAGUAUGCACUGAAAGCUGCCCCCCUGGUACAAGGAAAGGGGUUCGUCGAGGAGAGCCUCUUUGUUGCUUUGACUGUCUACCAUGUGCUGAUGGCGAAAUUAGUAAUCAGACAGAUUCAAUAGAAUGUAUACAGUGCCCUGUGGAUUUCUGGUCGAACGCUGAAAGAACUGAAUGCAUACCCAAAGAAAUUGAAUACCUUACGUAUGAUGAAAUGGGGGCCACAUUAACUGUGAUUGCCUUAUUUGGAGCCUGCCUUACAAUUGGUGUCCUUGCUGUGUUCCUUCACUACAAAAACACUCCAAUAGUCCGUGUCAACAACUCUGAACUCAGCUUUUUCAUUCUGUUGUCACUGACACUGUGUUUCCUGUCUUCUAUUGCAUUCAUAGGUCAGCCAGCUAAUUGGUCUUGCAUGUUUAGGCACACUGUCUUUAGCAUCACCUUUUCACUGUGCAUAUCUUGUAUUCUUGGCAAAACAGUAGUGGUGCUGAUGGCUUUUAAAGCCACACAGCCUGGCAGUAAUAUCAUGAAAUGGUUUGGACCCAUACAACAAAGAAUUAUGAUUUCCGCUUGCACUUCUGUUCAGAUUAUCAUCUGUGCUAUAUGGUUGAUUGCUAUGCCCCCUUUCCCUUCAAAAAACACUAAAUAUCAAAGUUCAAAAAUUAUUUUGGAAUGUGAUGUUGGGUCUACCUUGGCAUUUUGGUGUGUAUUGGGCUACAUUGGAGUUUUGGCUUGUAUGUGCUUUGUUCUUGCAUUUUUAGCAAGGAAACUCCCAGGCAAUUUCAAUGAAGCCAAAUACAUUACAUUUAGCAUGCUCAUCUUUUGUGCUGUAUGGAUAGCCUUUAUACCUGCGUAUGUCAGUUCACCAGGAAAAUACACUGUUGCAGUUGAAAUAUUUGCUAUUCUUUCAUCAAGUUUUGGGCUACUUUUCUGCAUAUUUGCAACAAAAUGCUACAUCAUUUUACUAAAACCAGAGAAAAACACUAAACAAUACAUUAUGGGGAAAGCAAGUGGCAGUACAAGCAAUAAAACCUAA